AUGAGGAAGACGAAACCAUCAACAAUAACUCCAACGAUGGGGAACCAGAUGGGGAGCCACGUCAGUAGAGGAGCUCAUCUUCAUACAUUUCGUCUUCUUUGUCGUCCUUAUCCUCCAUCGGCUCCUCCGAUUCAUAUCCCCAUGUCCUUCUCAUCCAAUGGUAGCAACAUCCAUCGAAGCGAGGAAGAUAAUGACGAUAAUCACGGUGAUUUAAGAUCUCUGUCGAAGGCGGGUCGGUGCACAAUUCUCGUGGUCGUCUGGACACAAGUUCACCUGCCUGAGGUGAUCAUUGUGGAUCAAGCCCGGACAAUUUUGCUUCCGGUACGGAAUAUGAACAGUCACACACAAGGAGGUUUUGGGCGUGGCCGCCGGAAGAGCUAUGGUAGAGGACAAAGGCAGAGCUAUGGUUAUGGUCGUCAGAUGCUCUAUAAUGCUCCUCGACGGGAUCAUCAACGUUUCGUGUCCGAGUUCAAAUUCUCAAAAUAUGAAGAAACAUUAGCCAGAAAAUCCAUUCAUUUUCAGGAGCCCUCUGAACUUGCUUGCUUCAGUCGGGUAGAAGGUGGGGAUGUCUACUUUGACGAUCAUCGCAGUUUGAUGCUUUUUAAGCGGCUUAUAACUGAAGAUAUUGGUGCUGACUUGAAUGAGGGUUUUGAUACUUUCAUUGCCAAGAAAGAUCGAGGCUCUCAAGGAUUUGGUGACCUCCUUGCUACAAUAAGAAAUAAAAAUAUUGCUCUUCAAAACAUGCACUUUGUGUUACUUUGUGGUCUAUUGCGUCUCCAGAUUCUGGCCACUGCUUAUAUCAGGAACGAGCCCUGGGAAAUGGGCGUGCAUAAAAGGAAUGGAGUAGUGUAUCUCGACGUGCAUAAAUUGCCCGAAAGGCCACAAACUGAAUUAGAUCGUCGAAUGUGUUAUUGGGGCUACUGUUUCGAGUCACUUGCGACCGAAGAUCCAAAAAGGGCUGAUGGAGAAGGAAUACAUCAUGUUGAUACAAAUGUUGAGUUCUGCUCUGUGAUCAUGACAAAAUUGGGAGCUCACCAGAUACUCAUGGGUGCCGAAAUGGAUUGCUGUGAUUCAACUGAUGAUGGUAGGAGAUUCUAUGUGGAACUAAAGACCAGUCGUGAGUUAAAUGAUCACACUGUAAAAAGAUACGAAAGGGUGAAAUUGCUCAAGUUCUGGGUACAAUCAUUCCUUGCCGGUGUACCAUAUAUUGUUAUUGGGUACAGGGAUGACAAUGGCCGACUCGUGCGUACAGAAAGACUUAAAACCAAAGAUAUACCACAUAGAGUGAAGAUGAAAAAUUAUUGGCAGGAAGGAGUGUGCUUAGCUUUUGCAGAUGAGGUCUUGUGCUGGCUUUAUGGAACUGUAAAAGAAAAUGAAGACUAUACAUUGAAGUUUUCGCCACCUUUCGACCGAUUAGAGCUUCUUCAAGCUCAAUCUUGUCCGGAUGUGAUCACAGCUCAUUGUCGAACAAUUAUAAUCAAUUCGACGUGA